CUCUAAAAAAAUAAUUAACUUUUAAAAUUCACCACUAAAUCAUACACAAGUGUAUAUAUAUUUCACUUUCUUCCAUUCCAAUUCCAAAAAUCCAACUAAUCAGUAGUAAAGAAAAAUGGCAGAAACAAAGUUGAGCAGCUUCAAAGAUAAAAGAUGGUCACUUCAUGGAAUGACUGCUCUAGUUACUGGUGGAACCCGAGGCAUAGGCCAUGCAAUUGUAGAAGAGUUGGCAGAAUUUGGAGCAGUUGUGCAUAUAUGUGCAAGAAAACAACAAGAAAUUGAUAAAUGUUUGGAAGAGUGGAAAGCCAAAGGAUUUCGCGUUACAGGGUCAGUUUGUGAUAUACUUGUUCCUGGCCAACGUGAAAAACUAAUGGAAACUGUCGAUUCGAUCUUCAAUGGAAAACUCAACAUUCUAGUAAACAAUGCUGGAUCAAUGACUCCUAAGACAAUCCUAGAAUAUACUUGUGAAGAUAUGGCAACUAUAAUGGGUACUAAUUUUGAGUCUGGUUACCAUUUGUGUCAACUUGCACAUCCACUUCUAAAAGAAUCUGGGUAUGGAAGCAUAAUAUCCAUAUCUUCUAUUUUUGGUCUGAAACCUGUGCCCUUUUCCUCUAUCUAUGCAGCUUCUAAAGGAGCCAUAAAUCAAUGCGCCAAGAACUUUGCAUUGGAAUGGGCUAAGGAUAAUAUUCGAACAAAUGUUGUGGCACCUGGACCUGUUGUAACCUCCCUUUUGGAGUCUAUAAUGAAACAUCCAGAAGCUGAGAAUGUAUGGGGCGAUGUAUUGUCUCAUACACCUAUAAGUCGAGUGGGAGAAGCUAAAGAGAUAUCAGCAUUGGUUGCUUUUCUUUGUCUGCCAGCUGCUUCAUAUAUCACUGGACAAAUUAUAGCAGCAGAUGGUGGUUUCACUAAUUAAGCUUUUCUCAUCAUUUUAAUCUACUAAAAUAAAAUCUUUACUUCAAGUUGGUCUUGAAGAAAUUGGCAAAAUAGGUAACAACUCUAUAUACUAAAAAAUUUUGUGUCAAAUUUUAGAUCAUAUACAAUAAACAUUUCCUCUAAAUCAAUCUUAUUACAAACUUGUAACAAUUACUAGAUAUAAUAUAAUUUUAAGUGUGUUAUUUUUUUCUAUAA